AUGCCAGCCUUCUCGAUGGCAGGACCGCUAUCACAGCCUGUCCGCGCCGCCAGCCGAAAGCUGGAAUUUGAGCGCGCGCUCAAGGAGAAGCUGGAUGAGCUUGAAGUAGAGCGAGAUAAGCUUCAGCAGCAGCUCGACCAUGACGAGGCGAAAGCCAUGGAGCUCCUCGAACAAUUCCUGCCACUUCCGGAUGGCCUCGAACAAGCGGUAAGAACGGCUAUGCAGGACCGGGACAAUAUCAGUGCUGAAUGGGAGAGAUAUAACCAUGUCCUCCGUCGAUUUCAAGGAGCGAAAGACGUUCCCCUUUCGCCGCAAGAUGAGGAGCUGCUCGAAAAAGCGCUCGCUUGGGAUGAUAGCGCUGAGGUGCCGGCUGGAAAGCCCGCUGCAGGGAGAGAAUCGUCGUCCAUCGGAGCGGCUGAGGCCAAGGAAGCCAGGGAGAAUGAAGAGCACAUGGCAAAGGCCAGAAAAUAUGAGUGGAAUUCGGGUCUGGGUUUGAACAAGGCCAGCAGCAGCAUGUUUGCGCAAGGCGCCCUGGACCAAGUUCUGAAUCCAGAAGCAGGAGUGGUGAGCGAUGCGGAACUCGAUGAUGUUGAUGACGAGAGCGAGGUAAGCAACUCCCAAAUCGAUGCUGGUCUGCUGGAUGAGGAUGGCGAGCCGAGAAGGAGAGCCCGCUCUUGGUCAACUGGAAGCAACAUUACUGUGUAUCGUCCACCGACACCCGAAGGAGAUCCUGAGCUUGGAGGAAUGCAGCAAAUCAGUCCUUCUCCGACACCGCGAAGAGGACAGAAUCAGACUUCUCCAGGAUUCGCCGAGAGUGGAAGAGGAGCUGCACUUCAAAUGGAAGAUUACCAGAGAAUCUCUCGGGAAUCCACGCCAGCAGAAAUCCCGAUACCACGAAAGCUAAAUCUUGGCACUGGAUUGCGGCGAAAGUCAGGACAUGACGCUCAGGAUGACUUGCCACUUUUUCGAGCAAGAACUCCGCCAAUGGUCGACUUGGAUGAUGAUCUGUUCGAAGGCAGUCCAGGUGAGAUGUCACAUCUUCACCAGGAAGAAGAAGAUCCUCGCGCUGCGACUUCCGAAGAGCUCCCACUGGAAGAGAUGUCGAAUGCGUCCAGAGCCUCGUCGGAGUCGUCAGAUGGUCUUUUCGUGAGCGAGAAGACGCCUUGGGUGCCUCCACGUGAGCGAGCGAGAGCUCAUCACACAAAAGGUCCUUCCGCGAAGUGCAAAGACUCUCUGGCAACGGCGGCUCACCCAUCCUCAGGUCUGCAUCACCUAACUCAGAAGCAUCCUCGGGUGAAUGCAGAGGCUAACUUUACUCAGCACCCGCCCUCACUUCGGACAAAGGUCGCCGUCGCACCUUCCAUUAGUCGAAAGCGGUCACCUGUUGCAUGCUUACCAACCCCAGUUUCAGUUCCAUCACCCACAGAAGUUAGCUCGACAAGCACCAUCGAUCAGGACCUACCUCUCGGCAAUCCAUCCUGGAACUUCGACGCGGUCGACGCAGCUCAAGCUGAAGCAGCAGCGCUUACCUCCGAUCAGACAUCUUUAGCACUCCGCGCCAAGAAUGAGACCAAGCAUCGAACGACAACACCAGACUCAAAUACAUCAGCCAGGCCACUGAAGCAGAAGCAGAAGCAGAAGCCUCAACGACCACUGAAGCCUAAGAAAUCCGUACGUUUCGCAGACGACGCCGACGCCGACGGUCUGCUAUACCCAACAGCAGGCGGAAAGUCUUUCCAAUUGAUCGGCCAGCAAGCGAAAGGUCCUUUGCUGCCGACUCCAGAACAAGCCAAAGGCGACUGGACAUAUUUCAUGAAAAUGCCUUCCAAGCUCAAGCGCAAGGCAGGUGACGUUGAAGAGGCUGCAAAGGUCGAAGGUAGUCUUGGCGCGUACAAUCGUAAGAAGACGAAGGUGGUGGAUGCAAAGAACAAGUGCUUCAGCUUAGUCGAAGCAGGAGAUGCCGAUGACUCGGAGCCGGAGCAGGGAGGCACCUCGAAGCCGGCUCAUAUGAGAGGAUCGAGCCCCAAGGCUGGCAAGAAGAAAGCCAUUAAGAAGACCAAAUGCGCCAGUGCCAUCGAGAAUGAUCGGUCCGAGGGAGCAGAGGAGAAGACCAACAAGUCGACGCCUGAGGACAGCAAGAAGGAGGCUCCGAAGCCCAAGGAGAAUCUUGAGGAAACAAUGAUGAGAAUCAUCAUGGAGGCAGCCAAGACAUCCGGGAAGAAACGUGGUUCAGGCUUCUUCGGACCAGAGCAGUAA